CACCUCCGUAACAAAGCUUGUGUGAAGGACAGAAAACGAUAUGAAAAGAAAUUGCCACAAGUUUUGCAUUAUCUGAAGUAUUAUUUGCAACGUUGAUGGAUUAUGGCACGAGUCAAACCGGAAGCAGGAACCAAGGUUUUUAAGCUGGCUCGUUAUGGAGAAAAUACAAUUCCCGAUCAUAUAAUUACAGAUUCUACAACGAUAAAUAGAUCUUCUGUGCAACAUGGACAUCGAUCCUGAGUAUGUUGACAGUGAUAUUUGCAUAAAGUAUACAGAUACCGAACGUUGAAGAAUUAUACAAACAAAACCUCUCCACUACGGAAGAACCAUAAAAAUUCAUAUCAAUCGAACAGCGACCAUCAAGGUAAAUGAUCGGCGGUCGAGUGUUUUUUGCGGUGGUUUACACGAUGGCUUUUGUGUCGUGGAGAGCCGGAGUCAUCGGAUUCAGGGAGUCUUGUCCACCAAACGCCAUUGGCAAUUUGUCCGGACGGAAGUCAGUGUCUUUGGGGCUGGUGAAACAGUCGGACGACAUCUUUUUAUCGAACACAACGGGUACCAAGGAUGAAAAAACGGUUGGAUGUCUGUGUGACUUUAAAACGUGUUUGAAACUUUGUUGUCCGCUGGAGAAGGCAUGGUAUGAACGAAGCUGUGUGGAGGAUGACACUGUUCACAUUUUCCCUGGAAUAAAAACUCUCAUAGACGAUGGGAACAAGAACCUGACCCUGCAGGACUUGCACAUCGUCACCGAUUAUCCUUGCGCUUUUGGCUGGGCGAAGCUGGAUGUCCUGGAAAAUUUCUACGCCUUACCGAACGGGUCAAUUUAUACGCCAGAUUUUUACGGAAGUAAAUCCCACGGAUUUGAUAAUUACUGCCUCUUUCGGAACCCAAAUUCUUCCGCAUAUUUGGCGGUGGUAUGUUACCCUAAAGCCAGCAUGCAUUACUGGGACAUGUUUUCUUGGACAAUUCAGUUUAUCAUAAUUUUGGCAGUAUUAGUUUGCUACACCAUAGUACCUGACCUGAGAACUUUUCAUGGAAUGAUAGUUCGCUCCUAUAUUGCCGCCUAUGUAGGACUCUACCUCGGUGCCUUGGGAAUAAUCGUUACAAGUGGGUUGAGAAACUAUGUUCACCUGAAUAGCCUCAGUGAAAUUGUUGUACAAUAUUGUGAGAUCGCUAGCGUCCUUUGGCUGAACGUGAUGAGCGUCAAUAUUUGGAGAACGUUUCGAAGCGUGAAGUCUGCCGAUUUCAAUAUAGAUCAACGUAACCAGAAAAAAUACAUCAUUUUCAUGAUUUAUGCUUGGGGAACACCGGCUGUUAUUGUUUUAAGUUCCUUAGCUGUAAUGCACUACGUCCCGUACUUCCGCAAUGAAAUAUUUGGCCUGACUCUUACCUGGUGGACCAGCUUGACAUUCAGCAGCGUCGUUUAUAUAUGCAACAUGUUUUUGUACAUCGUCACUGUGAUUACGAUAAAGCGGCAAAAGAAGGACACAGCGCUACUGACCAUCGAUGUGAAUAAACAUCAGGAAACCACUAACCAAUGGUGUAGAACGUACGUGAAACUGUUGACAAUAAUGACAGGUCAUAUGGGAGGCUUCACAGUGGUCUGGGCCGCUUUUAUAAUUUGGCCGACACCGGCAUUGAUUCACUCUUUUGCCACAUUAGGAACGGUGCAAAGCGUGUUCAUAUUCACGCUCUUCCUUUGGCAGGACAAUAUCAAACGCGCGAUUUUAAAACAGCUAUGUAUAAGGGUGCAGCGAUUUCGAAACUUUUUUUUCCAAAGUAAACCAAGACUUACGACUGAUUGUGAGAGUUGAACAAUAUCAACUACGAUAGCUUUAAAUGCCGAUU